GCCAUCCCAGUGUCAUCUCCACGGGCAUACCAUGCACGUCCAUGCACGUCCUCUGUUCUGCCCUUAGCCUUUCUCUAUUUCCAGCCCGUUUCGUUCGCUGCUUUAGACCCCUCGGCGGCUAUUGUUAUGCACGACAGCUCCAGUACCUUGGCAUGACGGAGGAUAUUGAGCCCCGAGCCCUCACAGCUUAAGCCCUCCACUUCCUAGGUUCAAGGCAAUGCCAGGCCGUACCCAUACUGUACUUGGGGCUUGAUCCCUCUGCUCGACACCCCCAGUCCUUCCCCCAUUUGCCCCUGGCACCGAGGCCUGUCUCUGGCUCGUCCAUAUCUUCCUGGGCUUGCCAAAAGAACGGCUCUCAAAAAUGUCCUGGUACUUCGUUACUGCUGUCUCUCAGGCUGACCUCCAUGUACACCAAACCUACAUACACUCCAACGAUCUGCACUCCACUGCUCUUCAUCUCCAAACACCAUUUAUACAACGCGGCCGGCCCGUCUGUGACCCCACAAGGCUCUGUUUCCCUUCAACUCCUCCUUCCUGCCCUUGCACUCUUUUGGCCUCGAUCUCUGACCCCCCAGGUCUUCAAAAAGCGGCCGCGGCCAGAAAAGGCUGAAUCGUCUUGCAUCUCGUUCUUCCAUAUCUGCCUCGCCAGGUCUUGAUGCCUUCUUGAAGUAUCUUGGUUUCUGGUCAUAAAUGUGCCAUUAUCAGUAUCGGUCUGAAUCUUGAACUUGCAGCCACAGCAUCAACAGCUCCCCACCACUCACAGAAGCACCCAUUUCUGUUAUUCAGCCCCGCCUAUAACAUAAACCAACCGAUUUGGACUGCGAUUGUCCAAUCCUCCAAUUUGAUACCCACAUGAUCAUGGUCGAGCAGCAGUAUAUUGCCCCAGGUCUACCCCAGCCGGAUGGUCUUUCGGGAGCUCCCAGUCUGCAGGACUCAAUUCCAACAACUGAGACUUCCCCUUACCACGAUCUGACAUCCUACUCAUCUGUUUCUUCACCUUUCAACAGCAUUUCUGGCCAGUGCGAUCCAAACCUCUUAACUCCUAUCUCAGUCGUGGGAUCUCCUCCUUUGCACGGCGUGUCAAAAAUUGCAUCACAAUAUCCUCCGCCUCCAAGCACACCUAAUCAACACCCUAGCCCUCCUGGGAGUUCCAGAAUGUAUCAUCAGCAGCAGUGGGCAGGACAAUUUGACGUUAAUAGUCAAUCCCCACAAGCGAGUUCGCCCAUGACCUCUCAAGCUCCGGUCGCUGGAGGGGAAUUCCUUCAUGCCAAUUAUGUCCACGAUGGACGUCGAACCCCAGGGCCCCCAGAGCCCUAUAUGGGAGCUUUUGGUGUCUCAAACGGACCAGAACCGCAACCUAUGAGCAACCCUUAUUACGUCAAUAUGGCGCCUCCAGUUGAGCACCAAGACCACAUGAUGAUGAGGGACAAUCAUCAUAUUCCAAUGGGCAUGCAUCAUCGCGAAAUGGCGCCUGCCCCUCUUCUGGCCGAGCAUCAUCCACCCCAGUACCGCCGAAGAAGCCCAGAAGAGACAGGACUGCACGGAUUACCUUCAGAUGUUCCACGCUCCAUGACUGGAUCCCCUCGUCGAAGAUCUGCCUUACACGCCCCUGGCCGCGUCAAAAAGCGCACAACCAAGAGGUCAGGAGCCUCUAGAAGUGCAGCUGCUGAAGAGCCUGUCGACGAGCACAAGAACUGCUUUGGAGAAGAGGUCCCGCCAACACUCAAGAGUACCUGUCCCGAUGAGGAGCGCUGCAUAUUCGAAUCUCGCUGGGAGCACCGCAACCAAAAGGGUCAGGAUAUGUGGGAGAGCAUCCAGAGCGACUAUAAGAGUCGUUUCCAGAAGUGCCCCGGUAAGGAAAUGCUUCAGAUGAAAUUCAAACGAGGCCGGUCCAAGUACAUUGAGUGGUUAUCUAGAGAUGAGGACUUGCUUCGAGAGGCUUAUAAGAUCGUCGAGAAGAGUCGUUAUCAGAUGAUGCUUGACACCUUUCACGAAUUAGGGGGUUCCCGAAAUAUGCGAUUGAAUGCCAGCGACAUAGAAGUCAAAGUUGUCAACGAUCUAAAGCUCGAGGAGGGGAUUUACAUGGAGUCCCAUGGGGAUCUCAAUAUCAGAAGACGACGCAAGUCGGUUCAAACAAGGAAGCGCACUGGCCGCGGUGAUGAGCACGACGAGAUGAUGAGCGUCGGAUCCCACAACACUCAUGAAGAUGAGGUUAUUAACCAGGUGCAUGGCCUUCCCAAUAUCAAGAUGGAAGAAGAUGGCCCUGGAGGCCACAUGAUGAGCGCACAUAUGUGGGACCAACAAAUGAAGAUGGAACCGGGAGCAAUGCCACCACAAAACAAUCGCAUGCAACCCUUGAUGAGAUUGAGUCCAACACAGACGAUGUAUGGAGGACGCAGAGGGUCGUGAAAACAGAAAACUUCUGACUCAUUUUCGGGAAUGGCAUUAUAGACAACUUCAUCUUCUCAACGAAGAGCCCCUCAUUUUUUUGUAUUUUCCAUAUAAGAGUCCUUUCAUAUACCCCAAGGAAUUGUUCAAGAUAGAGCUUCGUAAAGAACCCGACAUCUUUGUAUAAGAAGGAAUUCUGCGUCGUAUCACGUCUCCCCAAUGCUCUUGUAGUAUCUAUCUAUGUCUUCACUGCUUCCGAAGAUAUUGCCAAGUUUGAGAGGUAAUUGUAUGGGCGGGCGGGAAGUCAAGUGACAUGAGUGGCUUCACACAAAAUCUGGGGUCAGACUUUUGAGAUAACAUCUGGUUGGGUGCUCUUAAGAUUGGCGAUUUUAGAAUUGACAAGAUGGCGUGUUUCGCUGCCACGAAAGCAAGGGGGGAAUGCGAAAGACCUGGAAAGACUGAGAAAGGGGGCGGAGCGUGAGUGAGACAACACAUAGCUCGUAUUGACAAACUUGUCCUUGUGUAGACCCGACAGUUUGGAAAAUUGCGCUUCAAGUAAAUUUGAUUCUCGCUGCA